CGCGCGCGGGCGCACUUCCUCUUCCGGCUGAACAAGGCGCCUGCUCCUGCCGACGUGUUAUUCCUGUGGCGGAGCGGCGGAUUGCCCUGUGCCUGGCUGGCAAAAUGGAGCUUGAAGCCAUGAGCAGAUACACCAGCCCAGUGAACCCGGCUGUCUUCCCCCACCUGACCGUGGUGCUCUUGGCCAUUGGCAUGUUCUUUACCGCCUGGUUCUUCGUCUAUGAGGUUACCUCCACCAAGUACACCCGCGACAUCUACAAAGAGCUCCUCAUCUCCUUGGUGGCCUCCCUCUUCAUGGGCUUCGGAGUCCUCUUCCUGCUGCUCUGGGUCGGCAUCUACGUAUGAGCUCCCAAGGGUUCCAGCCAGGCGGCUUCACUGAAUUCCCGCUUUUGUAAAGUAAUUUUUUUUACCGUUGCCGGAAGUGUCCCACCUGCUUACAAUAAAAGCAGAUGUGUGACCUCUG